GUCAGACUUCAAAAGAGUCUUAUACAAAUAUUGCAUACAUCUAUCAUCAUCACAGCCAGGUAAUACAUUACUAAAUUACAAGUGAAGUCGUGACAACCUAUAUUGUUUAAACACUCCCAUAGACUUCCAAAGUCUUACUUAAAUGCUGGUGGCAUUUAUGAACUGAAGUCAAUUUCUUAUUGACAAAAUUUGUCACAAUCAAUUCCUGAACUAAUUGUGCAUGCUUGCAAUCAAGUCUUAAAAAAAAAAUUACCCAGAAUACCAGUGAUCUUUAUCCUAGAUGCUUAUGUAUAUCCAAAGAGGAAUAUGUUAUAUGGACUCAAUUAGUAGCAUAUCGUCCAAAAGAGAGGAGAAAAAUUAGGAAGAGGGAGAUGACAGAAUCAGAAUCCCAGCUGAACAGAAAGAUCUCUUGGAUUGAGAGAACUGGCUACAAAGGCAUCAUUUUGCACCCAGGGGAGCUAUCCGUUACCGGUUCUGAUGACAAAAGCAACUGGCUUAUGCUCGGAACUAAGUUCUACAGCCAAGAUCAUUUGAAUAUUGAAGUGCCACGACAUGUCCGAGAUUACGUCCAAAUCGAUGGUCAGCAUGGCGUGUCUAGGCUUGAAACUGGUGUCACCUAUGAGAUUGCAAUCCUGGUGAUGUUAAAGGACACGGAAGAGGAGGGGAAGUACACCGUGAUCCUUGAGCUCAACCUGGCAAAUAGGGUUUCCCACCCAAGUCACGUGUAG